AUGGCGAGGUCCGUAAACAAAAGCGGGCCCCACGCGGGUCCCCCACCCGGCGGUGGGCCGCGCGGCGCAGCAGUACCCGAGCGGCAGAGCCCGCGAGAGGGCGAGGCGGGGUCGGGAUCCGGCUCCGGCUCCGGGACUCUACGCACAGCCCUGGGGACCCCGCACCCGGACCAGUCAUUGCCUGCGCGCGCGCAGAAUGCCGCUUUAAAUGCCUCCUCCCAGGUCAGCCACGGGUCCCCGGCCCUGUGUGGCGGCCCCCAGGCUCUCCGCCCCGUGUGUCCGGCCCCGAAGGCGGCGCGGAUCGCCAAGGUGAGCGCCGGCAACGUCGCCGAAAACCCAGGCCUGGAGGACCCGCCGGGAGCCCCAGUGUGCGGGAGAUGGGGGUCAGGACGUGCCCGCCACGGGCAGAGCGGCUCAGGGCAAACGCACCACGGUCCCUCGGGGCGGCUUCGGACAGCCGGCGCGCGCCCUCCAGGCCCGCGGUACUCACCGGCGACGCUCGUACCUGAUCUCCGCGACGGGGCCGGGGACAAUGCGGGGACGCCGGGCUCCUGGGGCUGCGGGCGCCGAGGCGUUCGCGGCGCUGCAGAGCUUCGCGCCCGACGGCGGCGGCGCUCCUCGGCCCGGCCGCGCUCCGGCCCGCUCGCUGUCUGCCAAUGGGAGCUGUCAGGGCGCCUCUGCCGGCGGCCUCAGGGGCGGGGCCACGGGAGCCCGUGGGAAACCGAGCUCCGAUUGGGUCGCCUGACAAUCGCUCCGCCUCCAGGCGGCCAAUCAGAGGCGGCGAAUACAGGAGCGGGGCGUUCAGAGUUGCGCUGGAGAGUGACAACAGGAGCGCGCUGGGUACCCGCGCUGCAUCCCGGCCGGUGGCGCCUGGCUGGAAGGAUGCGGGCGCCGCGCGCUCCGGCGCUGCCACCAUGCGAAGCGCGGGCGACGCGGCCUGGGGAGAGCAGGGGAAGGCAGCGAAGGCGCGGCGGGCUGGGGAACUGCGAGGGAACCCCUAACAAAGCAGCUUUGGGAGGGCCGAGCGCCUCCGCCUCCUCCGGCUAUAGGUCGGCGAAGCUGCCUGUCACUCUGCAUAGGUGGAGGUGGCCAAUGACGUACAGGGAAGGAGCUCGAGUUGGCGCGCGCGCGCGGCUCGGCAUCAGUGGGAUUGGUCGGAGAGAACCUUGCCUAAUGCACAUCCCGGUAGUGUUCCCUACAACCACUCAGCCAUUCAGCGUUUCUCUCCACCCGCGACUCAAAGCGUGCAGCAGCAUUCUCGGCUGGUGUCAGAAAUGCACGGUCCCGGGCCCCAUGGCAGACACACCGAAUCCGGAUCUCCAGCUUCCUAAGACCCUCAAGUAAAAAUUUGGGAAACACAUCAGCCUUCUUUGAAAAUGAGAGCCACCUGAGA